UUUUGUUGUCAUUAAAGGUUAUGGAAGUGCUUAAGUCAUUAUAAGAAUCACAAGUAAAAGAUUUUGAUACUAUUGUUCGCAGUGUACAGGCAUACGGUAGAAUUUGCGAGUGCAUGGGAAAGGAUUUUCUUCCUUACCUGAGUACCAUCAUUCCCCCUUUGGUUGAAUGUGCUCAGCUUGAGCCCAAUAAGACCGUAUCCUCAGAUAAAUUAGAUGAUAGCAUACACAAAGUCAAGUUUGGGAAUGAAAUAAUAUGUGUCAAAGGAAGUGACCUCCUAGCAGGGAAAUCUGUAGCCUGUCAAAUCCUUGCUUUAUAUGCUCAAAAAUUGGAAGAAGACUUCUACCCAUGGAUUUCCCAGGCUGCUUCAGUUUUAGUUCCCCUUCUGAAAUUCGAUUUCGACAAUGGUGUCAGGGAAGGUGCUAGUGCUGCAUUGUACUUCCUGUUGCAUUCUGCUAAACUGGCGGUAGAGAAAGGGACUGCUCAAGGUGGAAACCAGUUGUACCUCAAGCAGUUUGUCUGGCGAGAUAAUACUGGCUAUUGGGGACACUUUAUAUUCGGAGCAUGACACAGAAGUAUGUGCAACUAAAUUGAGUGGAUUGAAUGAAUGCUUAGAGGUUCUUUGUGCUGGAGAGGAUCUUGCUACAGAAGAAACUGCAAAACGCAUGAUUAAUCUGUUGAGGCAUUUUUGGAAAACAGUACCAGCAGCCACCUGGGAAUCAGCAUGUUCCUUGCUAUUGCCUCAGCAGGAAAUGGAAUUGGAAUCCAUCUUAUCACCUGAAGAAGAUGUUAACAUUUCAAUGAAACUACUAGUCUUGUGAACUUGUGGGGAUCAAACAUUUUGAUGCUAAAUUCUUUCUCACAAGCACAAGGUUGGUCAUGCGUAAGGUUCAGAGUUAGUAUGGAGAGUCUUGCCUAGUCAUUUUCUCUUGUUUUUGUUUUUUGUUGCCAAAGUUCGACUCUUGCCACUAUUUAGAGUAUUUCCUGCCCCACCUGCACCAUCCGCACACGAAAAGUGUAUAUCAUCACAAAUUCGUAUUGUAUAUCCCUGAAACGCAAUAAA